CUUAUCCAAAUCCAAAGCCAAGCAAAAGAUCGAGCUGAAUAUAUCUCUACUCUUGCCUCGAGAGUGAGAGAAAAGAGCCUUAACGCCUGUGUGGAGCGAAGCUCAUGGCGUCUCUAGCAACCAUAGCCUCUGUACAACCUAUCGCCAUUAAGGGCCUCGCAGGAAGCUCCAUUUCUGGUACCAAGCUUUCCUGCAAGCCACCUCGCCGGAAUGUGACUCGUACAAACAUCAGGUCAGGGGCAGUGGUGGCCAAAUACGGUGACAAGAGUGUCUACUUCGACCUGGAGGAUUUGGGCAACACUACAGGCCAAUGGGAUUUGUACGGAUCUGAUGCUCCUUCUCCUUAUAACCCUCUCCAGAGCAAGUUCUUUGAGACAUUUGCAGCUCCUUUCACCAAGAGAGGUUUGUUGCUCAAGUUCUUGAUACUAGGAGGAGGUUCCACUCUUGCCUAUCUUAGCUCCACAGCCUCAGGGGACAUUCUACCCAUUAAGAAGGGCCCACAACUACCUCCUAAGAUUGGGCCACGUGGCAAGAUCUAAUUGGUUGAGGAAAGGAUCCAAUUUCUCCCCUAGCUACUCUUUGCUUUGUCAAUAUAUAUUGUCAUUUUGUUUGGGUUUAACAUGUAAGUAUGUCCAGGCAUUACUGAGACCUUCUUUCUUGUUAUUUUGAACUUUCAGAUUUGGGGGUUUAUCUUUA